CAGGCAAAGGCCGCCAUUUUGACUGAGCAACCCUAGUGACAGGAGCCGAAGAAGCAGCGCAGGUUGUCCCCGUUUCCCCUCCCCCUUCCCUUCUCCGGUUGACUUCCCGGGCCCCCUACACUUCACAGCCCUGGUCCCGUCAUGUCCCAGAAACAAGAAGAGGAGAACCCUGCGGAGGAAACCGGCGAGGAGAAGCAGGACACACAGGAGAAAGGUAUUCUCCCUGAGAGAGCUGAGGAGGCAAAGCUAAAGGCCAAAUAUCCAAGCCUAGGACAAAAGCCUGGAGGUUCCGACUUCCUCAUGAAGAGACUCCAGAAAGGGCAAAAGUACUUUGACUCAGGAGACUACAACAUGGCCAAAGCCAAGAUGAAGAAUAAGCAGCUGCCAAGUGCAGGACCAGACAAGAACCUGGUGACUGGUGACCACAUCCCUACCCCACAGGACCUGCCUCAGAGAAAGUCCUCACUCGUCACCAGCAAGCUUGCGGGCGGCCAAGUUGAAUGAUGCUGCCCGGGGCUCCGCCAGAUCCUGAGACGCUGCCCUCCUGGGUCCUGGGCUGGCUCCUGCCCCUCCCUGCUUUUGCAGCCAGGGGUCAGGAGGUGGCGCGGGUGCGGGCUGGAGAGGCAGAAGCCCCUGCCCGUCGGUGUCCCAGCGCAUGGAGCCCCUUGGGCUGAGCACCAAGACCCCUGAACCCUUUUUGUUUUACCUUUUUUCCAAAUAAUUGUUGGGAGAAAUCUCAGUGAAAUCCUGGCGGCCGGGGUGGGGGUGGGUGUUUGCGAGGGUGGGGUGGGAAGUUUGUGGGGGAUAUGAAAUAGGGCUUGAAGUUGAUGAAAACAUUCCUGACUAUCUUCCUUCCCAACCAUGUGGCUGGUGUGGGAUGGGUGUGAGGGGCAGGAGCGGAGUAGCUCUGAUCCAGCUCUGUAGAAAAAUGCCUUGUUUGCUUGGAUAUGGCUGGGGACCUGGUGUCAGAUAAAAGAAACUGUCCAUCUAAAUAUGACAGAUGCAAACAGCUCCUCUGGUCCUGCAGAGCAAGCUGAGAACACAAUUAAUGUUAAUUGUUCAUUUUUAAAAAGUGCUUGUCCUUAAAAUAGAUUUGCUGUGGGGAAAAGGGCAGUGAGUGUGGGGAAAGGGGCCAUGAGCGUGGGGAGCCCCACAGAGCCCAGGGGACUUUCUGAGUAUUUGAAAUAAAAAAAAGAAGAAGACAACCCACAAAGAAACACAACCCAGAAAUAUU